CAGAACUGACAGGUCAAGGGAUCAUGACUCGAACAUGCCCAUCGUGGCGGAUUCUACGGAAUGGGAAGCUGUGAAGCCCGGAGGGCUUGCAGCAGCGAUUCUCGGCGUAACGAUUACUUUCUCCGUCCUAUGUAUUGUUGUUGUCGGCCUCCGCGUCAGCGCUAGGGUAUCAAUGGGAGUUUUCGGACUUGAGGACUGGCUCAUGUGCGUUGGAUUCACCCUCAAUAUGGUCCAUAAUGGGAUUGUUAUUUGGGGAACUUUUACAGGUAUCGGCACCUACGAUUCAAAGCUGAAUACCGCGGCGAUGAUAGAAGGGGCUAAGGUUUGUGUCGGAUCCGUAUUCAUCAAGGCUAGCAUCUGCGCGACAUUGGCACGAAUUGCUACGCAGCGCCGAUACAUCUACACUCUUUGGGGGCUUGUUGCUGUAUCAGUCAUAGCUACCCUGGUUGCCAUUUCUGCAGUCUUGGUCCGGUGUAAGCCGGUAGCAGCGUCGUGGAAUUCUGCUCUAGGAACGUGUAUUGACGAAUCCAUCAUUAUUGCCUUGACAUAUGCUGUCUCGGUAAUUAAUAUCGUGACGGACUGGGCUGUCGCAAUUAUCCCAGUAUUCAUCCUCUGGAAUCUCCAGUUGCGGAAGACCCUCAAGAAGAUGAUUGCACUGGUCCUAGGCCUUGCUGUGCUGGCUUCUAUUGCGACCAUCAUUCGAAUGCCAUACUCCCCAGUCUAUUCCCACACUACCAAUCUACUACAUGACAUCGGAAACAUCAUCCUAUGGACUGUAGUCGAAUGCGAUCUUGGUAUUAUCGCGGGCUCGCUGCCAAUGCUCCGAACGUACAUCCGGAAGUUCGCCAAGGACGAGAGCUCCCAUCAAGGGGGUUCAGGAGACUUGAAUCUGGUGACAAUUGGGAGGGUCAAGGGGAAACACCACCCGAUCCAUGACGCUGAAUUUAUGGUCACCGCAGUUGGUGGUGAUGAUCGUGAGAACGCCAAGGAUGAUGAAAGUACGAAACAGAUGAUUAAGGUCACGAGGAGGAUAGAUCAGGUUUCAAGCAAAGGUUAUGAGCAGGUUUAGUGCCAAGGCUUAAUGCCAUACUUGAUAAACGAAUGAGACGGACAAGCAAGUGAGAUACCGAACUGCAAUUGACUCAUAGCUUAGCC